AUGCAAUAACCUUAAAAUUCCUUUUUGGAGUACACAGAAGUUCAAAGCUAUAAAUUCUUAUUUUUGAGAGACGUCAAAAUUACUUUAGAAGUGGCUGCUGAAACUGAAAUCAUCCUUGAUCAUUUCUAAAAUGACAAGACUAUACAACAAUUGGCUUUAAAUAAAAUGAUCAAUCAAAUCAAUAAUUCUAAUAAAAUUCAUUUGGAAUUAUAAUCGGAAGUUUAACAAAAGGAUGAUAGUUUCAAAUUAAAAGUAUUGAACCUAAGAAAGGAAACAAGAGAAUUAUUCGAUAUUUUGAUGGACUAAUUUGAUAAUGAUUAGGUGAGGGGUUUGCUGUAUAAGUACACUGAUCAUAACCUAGAGGAUACAGUCAAUCCUUUUUGGCAAUUAAUAACUCAGGUUAAACUAAAUGAGAUACCAGAAUAAUAGAUGAAUUUCUUAAAAGCUAUCAAUAAAAAAGGGGAAACCUUAAGAACACUAAGUGGUCAAAUUUAUACUGAGUAAUAAAUCAAAAAAUGCAUUGAUGAAAAAAAGGCAUUCAUAAAAGAAUAGAUAAAAACACAAAUUAAGUGAUUUUCACCAGAUGAAUUUAUUAUAAAAGUAUACAAAUAUUAUGAUUAAUUUCAAAAAAUAA